AGACUGUGCUCUUUGUUGUUGCUGAUGCAUUAGACAUGAGACGUUGGCAAUAGCUCUGCAAAGCAACUUCAUUUUCAAGUACCGCCUGUCUUCUCUUUUGUGUUCUUUGCAGUUGUACGUAUAUAAAUAGAUUUAACUGUGUUGUGUUCCACCACUGAGUACGCUGCGUCGUCCACUUCCUAAGACCUUUAUCUUGCAACGAAACCCCUGAUGCAAGCGUGCGUGAUUCUUGUAGAAGAACACGUGCAACGCUUGACAGUGCAACAACAAUAACAACCAAAAACAAAAAACCAAAGGUCUCCUCUAAAAGCAGCGGAUGAGCUUCCCUUUUUAACUAAUAAGUUUCUGCUAUUCUUUAAACUACUCUACAUUACUUCGGAGACCUUCAAAAUGGACGCGGUGUACUUGGUGUUCAAGUACGCCCUCACCUCCGCCAUCAUCGUGGGCGUGUCGGAGGCUGCGAAGCGCAGCGAUCGCUUGGGUGGGUUGCUGGCCGCUUUACCCAUCGUCACCGUCCUCACCCUCAUUUGGUUACAGGUGGAGGGACAGUCCAGGACGCUGAUUUCGAAUCACGCGUGGUACACGCUUUGGUACGUCAUCCCUACCCUCCCCAUGUUUCUCACGUUUCCGUGCUGUUUCGAUCGCUUUGGCUUCUGGGGCGCCAUGGGUGUCUCUUGUCUUGCAACGGUGGUUGUAUUUGUUUUGUUUGGGUUCCUGCUGUCUUUUUUCGGCAUUUAUUUGAUAUGGCGCGAUCUAUAG